UUUAAAAUGACUUAUAUUAAAAUUUAUCGUAAUGAUUUUGUCGCUUUUAAAAAUAUGUUUCUAGACACAAAAUGCAAUCCACAAAAUAAUCAUGAAUUGUCAAUGCAAAUUAAAUUUUAUGAAAAUGAAAGAUUAAAUUCACGAAUUUUUGUGACUUCUUGCUGUGUUAAUUUAGCUUUAUUUACCCUAAUACCAUUGUCAAAGGGAGUUGUAAUCUUUAGAACUUGGAUACCGUACGAAGUUAAUUCAAGAUUUCGGUAUUGGAUUACUGAAUUUUUUCAAACAAUAUUUCUUAGUGUAUCGGUUGCAAUAUAUUCUGCAGUUGAAAUUGUUGCUCCAAUUAUGAUGCAACAAAUAUGCGCACAAUUGGAGAUAUGCAGAUAUCGUCUAGUUAAUAUUCCUCGUUUAUUAAAAUUGAAUGACACUGACAAAAUUGAAACUUAUCGACAGGAAUCUAAACUUAUGGAAAACUGUGUUUUGCAUCAUGUUUAUAUUUACAGUCUGAAGGAAAAAUUGAAUGAUCUAUUUAGUUUAAUGGUCUUUAUGCAAUUUUUUUGCUCUACUAUAAGUUUAUGUACGGUUGUUUAUCAAUUAUCAAAAAUAAUUAUAAUGAGCCUUAAAUUCUGGUCAAUGUUUAUAAUAUUGAUCCUUCUCUUAAUGCAAAUUUUUCUGUAUUGUUUAUUUGGAGAGUUAAUGAUUCAAAAGAGUUUGGCAGUCUCUGAUACAGUUUAUCGUAUGAAUUGGACUACGCUGUCGGAAAAAACAAAAAAAAAUUUAAUCAUGAUAAUGAUACGAUCAAGUAGGCCUAUUGAGUUAAAUGGUGCAUCAAUUAUCACGAUGUCUAUAAACACUUUUGUUAAGGUCCUGAAAGCCUCAUUCUCCAUUUUUAAUUUAAUACAAUCAACAACGUAAUUAAGAAACAAUUAUAAAAUAAACGAUAAGAAAAAUUCAGCA